UGUAUUAAAUUAAGCUGAGAGGAAGAAGUUGCUUAUAGUGAAAAAAAUGGGUGAAACUGCAGGAAGGGGUAUAAUGUGGCCCUACUUUGUAGUGGUGUUUCUAUAGCAUCAAAUGUUUGCCAGACUUAUAGUUUAGAAAUUUGAUUAUCUCCAAGUUGGAGGGAACUAGCACUAAACCUGUGAAUUAAUCCUUAGGUAUCAUGUUGGUUAUUUGUAAUACUGGAAAUUCUGAAACAAGCUAAACUAUGUCUGUUCAACCUUCAAAAUCUGCAUAAUCUAAUAAUUAAUCCAGUUUACAUCUGCACAGCCUUCUUUGUUCAAACAUCCAGGCCCAUUUGUUUUGCAUAAUGGAAGUACAAGAGAAACCAGUUUUUAUGCCUCCUAAAAAAAGGACUUCUGGAAAGCGGUUUACUGCAAGUACUCAUGCUGACCAUAUCAUGACAGUUCAGAUCAAGGCUCAGAAUCCAUCAGAAAGCAGUUUGUCAUCCAAAACAAAUAAUGUUAAUGGCAAUGGAACAGUGGAUAUUGGCAUUGCUCUGGAGACAGAUAUUCAUAGUAUUCCCAACAGCUGUGACAUAAAUGGUAAGAAACUAUCAGAUCCCUCACCUAUGAUUGAAAAUGGACAUGUGUCGGGUAUUCUUAAUUCAUCAUCAGCAACAGCAUUGCAUCAUCCAGAGCAAGCAAGCACAAACACCAGUUUAAGUCAGAGUGAACAAAGCCUUGAUAUGGAUCUUAUCCAUGAGACAGUGGAAACUAAGAAAGCUAAAGCCAAGAAGAAGGUGAAUAUUUGCACUGAUCGUGAGGAUUUAGAAGAAGAAGAUGCUUCAAGUAAUGUCGAAACAAUGGCACUUAGACGAGGUUCAGAGACAUCUGAUUCAGUGGCUGAUAACUCUGGUGUGAGUGGAAGCACAGAUGGCUGCCUCACCAUGACAGGCACCAUUAAACGUGGGAAGAAAGCUGGCCAAAGUGUGGAUGUGCGGUUGAAUAUGUCUCGUGAAGAAUUGGAGGUUCUGGAGGCUGUUAUUGCAGCCAAAUGCCAUACUUCAACUUCACCUAGUUCUUGGUUCACUUGUGGUCAAAGGAAAGGGCCACACAUUACCAUAUGGACAGUUUUGUGUCUCCCUUUUGUCAUUGCAAUAUCUUGCGUCUACUCCUUCUAUAUGGGAACAAUCACAUGGUACAAUGUUUUCACAUAUUACACUGAAGAAAAGCCUAUUUUGUGCAGAAUCCUCGUGACCCCAUUUCUUAUUCUUCUUUAUCCAUUUCUUAUUUUAAUUUUUACUAUAGGUCUUGGCCUUUAUGCUGGAAUAGUACAGAUUUCCUGGUUUUUUGACAGUUGGUACAAAGAGAUUACAGAUUUAGAGAAGGGGUUUUAUGGUUGGUUAUGUGCUGCAUUGAAACAUGAAGAUUGCUCCCCAUAUGAAGUAGUAGUUCUAACAGAUAUUCAGAGUUCAUUGGAAGGAGAUCAACCAAAGAGGUCUUCUUCUGAGAACUCCACUGCAUAAUACGUGACUUCCUCUUGCAUAUUUUGCAAUAUUAAAUUAUAGAUUUCUUUGUAUUCAUAUAUUCUCAAAUGGCAGAUGUUUGUCUCACACACACACAAGGAACUUAUCAUUGUACAAGGUAUCUUUUCCAUUUAUUGUGUUUAGAAAUUGAAAAUUGGUUUGCCCAUUGUUUACUGAGGAUGGUAGUAAUUAAUGAUGCAGUUCCUUAAAGGAUAGUGUUCGGUAUAUACAUAUUUGGAAAGUUGUAAUUACAGUUUUCUUGGAUUAAUUUGAAAAUAAACAAAUACCUUAUCUAAUAUGCAAGGCAAAAAUAAAUAAAUUGAAAGGAGAAUUUAUCAGAUGAAGUGUGAUUCUGCCUUUAUUUCCUUAUUGAGAAAGUUCAUAACACUAAAAAAUUUAUUGUGCCUUAGUUUGAGCCCUUGCAGGUGGUUUUGCAAUUUGUAUAUUUCUAGGUUACCUGAAGUCUUGGAUUGCAGAUCCAAAAAUAAAGUGGAUAUGCGUGCUCUGAUAUUGUACCGACUCUUUAUCACUAGACAAAAUUUCCUUUAAGAUCUGCUACAGUUAAGUCCUGAUAUUAGGUAUUCGACUUUUAUUUAACAGGACUCAUUUGAAUCUCAGUGAAGAUUACUGUAAGUUUUCAUAGGUCCUUCUAGGCAACAAAGGUCAUGUUUUCCUCUGUUUCUCUGUUACACACAGUAUAAUAGAGACCAUUUUGACCUCUGUAUUUGUAAUUCAUUUAUGACUCCUUCAAUGACAAUCUUAAAAUUUCUUAUGGUUCUGUGUGUGUGUGCGUGGGCAUGUGCAUGCUAUUAUCAGGGAUGGAAAUGGCUUCAUAGAACUGGAAAGACACUCCUGUAAAAGGUAGAUGAUCCAGUUCAGUAGAAAAUUCAGGGAAUGACCAGUGUAUAUUAUAAAGAAGUUACUACAAAGCAUAUUCAGAAUUUUUUUCCUAUAUGCAUCAUUGUUGGGAACAGUAAUUAUGGCAUUCAGUAUAAUUUAGUCCCACAAAUUAAUACACAAUGUAUUGCACCAUUACCAGAACCUUUAAACAUCAACAGAUAUGACAUCUUAAAACAAGAGGAAUACUUUUGUUCAGUAAGUUAGAAAGUGUACACAUAGCAUUAUAAUUCUGUUGCAUUUUCCAGAAUUUGACCUUUGUGAAUGACACCAGUAACAUUAGACUUGCCUGGGCUCAAUGAUUUUUGUGUGGUCUUGGUGAUAACAUCAUCACAGAAAUGGAUAGUUGAGGAUAUUCAACCAGUCCCUCUUAUGAGCAAAAAUGCAUAUAGUCAACAUAAUACACAAUGUGCCCAUUGUAGUUAUUUGAUCUUAACCAAAAUUGGAAUGGGUUGAUAAAUUUUAAUAAAACUCUCAAUUAUCAGUUUCAUGAACAUCUGUUUAGGUGUUCUUGAUGGGCAGAGCGAAGAUAAUAGGCACCUUUUUGAAACUUUUAGUUGCAAACACAUGUAUUUUAUUUAGUUGUAGUUUUUUUAUGAUGCUUUCUCAGUAGCUCAGGCUAUAUAGUGUCAUGCAAGCAUGUGUAAGAAGGCAUUCUAGAAAUGAGUAAAUGGCAUCUGUGCCCAUUUCCAGCCCUGACUAUAGUUGGACGGAAGCCGGUGUUGUUCAGUGCAUUAUUUUUAGAGAAUUACAUAUUGGUCAUUUAAAUACUGAAGUAUUCUACUGUCAGUAAUGCAUCAAUUACUAUGCAGCAGAUAUCAAGGUCACUUGUCAUGGCAUAAUUCAUUUAUAUUAAACUAGCCAACAUUUAUAUAUUAUUUAACACACCUUUAUGUUUAAACAUUCCAAACAGGUUUUAGCUGUAUUUGUAAUUGUACAUAAUAGUAUUUUAUCAAACAGAUUAUCUCAUGCCUGAGUAUUACAUGUCCUGUAGAGUGGUAUUUCUUAAAUGAAUACUUUCCUUUUCAAGUACAGUAUGUGAAUGAGGUUUUGAAAUUGUUACACCUAGUUUUGGCAUGUGGAAUCAUGCAAUUAAUACAUCAACAGUAAGAACAUAAUUUCACAUAUUCUUGGACAAAAUAAGUAUAUAAUACACAAGCUUCUUUGAAAUUGCAUUUAUAGGUUUGUUUACUUUAUUUAUAAGAGAAUAAAGCUUGAUGAGAUAUAAAAUGUUAGGAAGGCAGAAUUAAAUAAAACCUUUGUAAGUGCAAGGAGCACACAUUUAAUGUAACAUGUUAUAGUUACGGAAAAAGGGCUAUCCAUGUUCUGGGGCCUGUAUAGAGUAAUUAUAUGCCUGUUCUAUUGAUGUCUUCAAAAACAGUAUGUUAGCCGAUUUUAUAUUAAAAAUUUACUCCAUGACCUUCAAGUAAUCUUACCCAUUUAACCCUUUAAAGAACUGUGGUAACUACGUGUACCACUUACAUUAGUGAUCAGUAACUGUGCAUUUUCCCCUACAAUUUAGAUAUAGAUGUCAUAUGAAUCAGAAUAAGAAUCAGUUAUUCCCCUAACAGCAUUGACCACCUGAUCUUUGUAAUGGAGGUGCAUUGUCUUCUUUGAGGUAGGGACUGUGUUUAUUAUUUAGAUGAGCUUCAACUUCAGGAGGAAAUUAGUCUGACUUAAAAUAGAACAUAAGCUAUUGAUUAUUCAGGAUUUUUAUAUAGUCAGUAUACCAAAAUUUUGCUAUGACUUUUUGGCAAUGACAAUUCAUAUUUUAAUUAAUAUUGUGGAAAAUAAAUACUGUAGAUUAAAGUUCAGUAGAUGAGAGAUGCUAGUUAUGACCCAUUUUAAGGAACUAUUCCAUAAUUUUCAGAUAUUAGGAUGAUAAAAUCAGAAAGGAGAAUUUGAUGGGUGCAGCAUGGGAACAUGAGAAAUGUGAACAAAACUUUGGUUAGAAUGCCUGAAAUGAAGUGACUAUUCAGAAGAUCUAGGCAUACAUGGGAGGAUUAUAUUAAAAUGGAUCUAAAUGCAAUAGGGUGGGAGGGUGUGGAUUAGAUUCAUGUGGCUCAUGAUAGGGGUCACUGGGUUCUUGUGAACAUGGUAGUGAACCUUUAGAUUCCAUUAAAAGGCAGGGAAUUUCUUGACCAGCAAAGCAUAAUAUGUAUCAGCUUUAAAAGGCCUCUGCUCUGUCAAGUUAGAGACACUCUGUUGCCUUUACCAGUAUAAAAAGCUCAAUUAACAUAAGCAUUUAGGCCUUACAUAUGGGAAAAGACCAGUACAGCAGUUGAAAGUUAAACAUAAAACUGAAGCAUUGUAAUAAAAUAAGAAUUUAGAAAAUUUUAAAUAGUUAAUCUGUUAUUAAAGUAACUUAUUGUUGAAAUUUUAGUGUGACUAAAAAAACUUUCAAAACAUUCCUCAGAAAUUAGAGCUGGCAGAUUAUAUAUUAUGUGGCACCUCAUGGGGAAGAUACAGUUGAAGAAUUUCUUUGUUGAGCAUUUUAGAAAUUCUGAGGGUAGAAGAUGUGAAUAUAUAAAGUACAGAUGUGCAGGGUAAUAGUUGACAGGAGCUCUGACAACAGGACAAAUUGCUAACAGUGAUCUGUGAUUGGGGUUGGUUACAAAGUAGAUGUACUCAUAUGAUGGAAAGAGUACUAUAUCUCUUCUGAUAAUGCAAGUAUUUAAAUAAUCUGCUCAGAUCUGUGGCUUAACCUGAAAUGACUGAUGUCACAACAGAGUGACAUUUGCACCACAAGGUUUUUUUAUUAGCUUAUGCUUGGCAGACAACCCAUCUGUCUUCUGAGCUAGCUGAUGCUCUGUCUGUCUUUUAAUAUACAUCAUGGCAAAGACAUUGAGGAACAGCUGUACUAACCUAAUUGUGAUAAAUAGCCUUAAAAGUUAUCUGCAGAUUAUGAAUACCCAAGAUGGGCUUUUUGGUGCCACAUAUACACAGUAAGGGACAGUGGUCUGUUAGAACAUACUGCAUUUUUAUGUGGUACAUCCAAGACAGAAUGAUGGGAAACUUUCCUUCCAUAUAUGCAUUCCAUUAGAUCUCUUGAAGUUGUGAUUAUAAAGUUCUAGCCCAUGAAAUUAUUUGCUCACAAUACCAUAUCACCAAACUAUGUGUAUGGACAUCAGAAACUCACUUUCCAGUAUAUAUGGAUAGAAAAUGGCAGCUGAUGAAACAGAACACUGAUAGAUGUGAAUGGAUUGUAGAAUGCAGUACUGUUUUUACUGAGUUAAGUGAGGAAUGAGACUGAAACAUUUUCUUGAUUAAUGCUCUUUUAUGGUACUUGGACCAAUUAAUACUUCAAUAUAAUAAUGUGUGUGAGUCAUCAAAAAUAUUUGGAUAUCCUUUAUUUUAGAAUUCGUAUAUUUUGCCUGAUGAGCACAAGAAUUUAAUGUGGCUCUAUUACCAAGGUGUUUCAUAAAAUAUGAAUUCUUGAAAUGUUUGUAACAUAAUACAGUUUGAUGUGUUGGUAUUUGUAACCUAAACUUUGUGUCAAAAGUGUGUGUGUUUUAAUGUAGCAUUUGAUACAUGAUACCUACACUAGGCAUGCAUGAAUAUUUUAUCAAAUGUUGCUCACUUCUCUGCCUGUUUAAGCAUAUAUAAAUUUCUUGUCUGUGGUCACAAGUUGUUGGUUAUAGAUGGAUUUUUCUGUUAAGUAAAUGUUUUGAAAUCAGAGAUAAACGUGUUAUUCUAGUGUAAAGUCAUCUUAAACACUGCUUACUUACAGGUGUCAUAUUUCAUGCACACAUGCAGUGUGGAAGUCCGAGUGCUUAAGUCAUGUACAUUCAUGUGUGUGUAUGGAGCUUUAAGAAUUAUGGUUGCCUGCACGUCAUGCUUGACCACCCUGGUGCAUUUAUAGCCCUGUGUGUGUGUAUAUACAUCAAAGUAUAAUCUUAGUUCAUAACCAUAACAAAUUCAGUGUAAAAGUUAAAUAGUGCUAGAAAUAAGAGGCAGGCCCAAAUGGCUGUAUAUCUCUGGUUUCAAAUUGAUGAACGCUGUCGUGAUAUUAUAAUUGUGUGUACUCCUUCAGUGACAUGAAGAAAUGUGUCUGUGAUAUAUUCCAAAUACUUUAUUCCAGAAUUAGUCUGAUGUGAUUUAUGGCCGUUGCUAUGCUCAGAUUCACAGUUGUGUAUCUAUUUAGGGCUUGCGUGCAUUUUAAUAUCACAACAAUUCAAUUGCCACACUGAAUUCUGAAUAAUCUUCAUUUGUGCUAAAACCGUUCUUAUAGUGUAGGUUGGUUCUAAACAGUUAUUUUCCCCCCACCCUUCCCCCAAUAUAUCAGUAGCUGAGUGGUUAGAAGACAUCUGUCUACAGCAGAUACUGGUGACUGCUAUGGCCUAAACUCAACUUUUCAGAAUGGUGUGAACCUCUCCUUUGCAGAUCUUGCCUUAUUUACAUUGCAUUUUUUGGGAGUUGGUGGUUAGGAAUUUAUGUAACAAAGUACUUGUGAUUAUAUGUAGUAUGUUUUCAAAACAUUAUUGGGAUAUUUGGAGAUGGCAAUAAUUUGAGAUAAAAGCCUUAAUUCAGUAGCAUCAGUAUUAAUUUGUCAGUAUUAAGAGCAAGAAAUCAGUUAAGUACAGUGUACUGAUAAUUUGAGCCCUUUUACUCAAUAAUGAAACUUACAAUUGUUAUGCAGGCCAUGGUGAAAACACAAGCAUGGAAGACAUGUGGCAGUGGAGUGAAAACAUACUCACUUAUUUAAGAGCAGAAACAGGUGCCUCCUAUGGUAUUUAGAUGAAUGUCAUGUAGUGAGCACUGGUGUCCUCCAUGGCACUCAUGUAAAGACCUAUGUUCUAUAAGAAUGUGCCAUUUUUUCUCAUUAGACUAAUUCCAUAUAUUAUCAUAACAGCAACAAACAUAAUUUGUGUUUUCCUAUGGUCCUACAUGUAUGUUUCUUAUUGCAUUAUUAAAGCAGCCUGUUGUGGUCUUGGCAUACACCAUACACCAUAUUUCGCUAUACUAUACCACAGUAUAGUGACAUCAAAAAUUUACAGGCAGACCCCGCAAACUGUUCAUUGUUCAACUGUUUACCUCGUGUAGCAUGUAAGAUCUGGACUGAUAAGCUUUAUAUUAAUUCCAGUUUCUUGCACUUUAUGCUUAGCAAUUGUAUGUGUAUGCAGCCAUGUGUUGGAAGUAUAAAGACUGGAUAUUAUAUGACAAA